AUGCUAAUGAUGGGAGGUGAAAAUCCAUUAAUUAUUCAUGCCUGUCGACUGAGAAGGCAGAUCCUGGCUUUUCCUGUUACCAUUGCAACAAGUGGCCGCUGGCCUAGUCAGAACAAGGCCAUAAAACAUUUCAACAGAAACAGACUAGAGAUCACAAGUAUGCCUUCUGGAGAAAGGAAACCCAUGUUUCUGAACUGUACAGAACACAUUCAGAUGGAUUUAAAAGCUAAACCUUAUUCAAAAUGGACCCAGGAAACCAAGCCUUUUUUGUCUCAAAUUUACUUUACCAUAAACAACUCCUCUUUGGAGAAAGAAUGUUGCUUUGGAAUCGGAGAAAAACAGUGUGGUGCUAACGAUCCAAAAGAACUCAAAAGCCAUCAGCACGAUAAUGCUGCAGAGAGAGACUCAGACUCCACUAAGGAGUCUCUGGCAUCACAAAACACAAAAAUGAUUUCAUCCAUAGUCAUUUCACAGUUGAUUGAUGAGACUAAAUCAAAAGAAAAUGGGUCUGCUUUGCCGAUGCAGUCUGUGAUCACUCAGCCUAAUGCUUAUCAUACGAAGCAAUCUCUGGCUAAUGAUAGUUCAGUCAACAUUAAUAGAGCAUUCUUGUUACUUCCCAGCAGAUUAGGAAUUCAGGCAUCUUUCGAUGACAACAUAUCUAGAACAGACUCUCAUAAAAAAGGAUUUGCAUCCAUAACAGUUACUGCUAGACGGGUUGUUCCACCUUUUAACAACCCAGUGCAGGUACCUGUUACUGAUUCUCUGUGUUUGAAAUGCUGGGGAGGUGAUGUUCUAAUGAACACUACUGCUACUUCAAACAAUGCAGGACGAGCUCAGCACUGCAAACCUUUGCAUAAUCAAGAAUCUUAUAUAAACCGAUAUGCCACCAGAUUAAAGGUUUCUGAAUCUUAUUCACAAGUAUGUGAAGGGCAUGGAGACUGGAUUUUUAACAUUGACAACAAAGAAAACAGAAUGUUUCCUCCAGGCAGCAAUCACAGGAAAAAAGCACCAGUUUCAUUCACUUCAUCUGUUCAUUUCAAAAUUUCCCAGCACUGUCCAAAUACAAUCUAUUACUUUGACAAGUCACUUUCUGUAUGUAUUGACCAACUUCAAAUUAAAAGCCAAAAAAUUCAUAGAUCAAUAUUGUCCUUCAAUAUAAAUUGCAGUUCACCCAGAUUAACACCAGAUGGAGCAGAUGGCAUAGCUAAUGAAGAGUCAAUAGCAGAGAUACUUAAAACAAAGCUCCCAGAAGAAAACAAGACUCCACUCAGAACAAAUUCAAAUGCAAAUUUAAAAGAAAAUAAUGUAGAUAAAAAACAGACAGCAGACAAGGAAUAUUUGGGUACUGAAUGCCCUUGGAAAGGUACAUCUCCCUCUGACUGUCCAGCAUUUGUGGAUGCACCCAAAGGAACUAAUAAUUUAAUAGUCACAAAGCAAAAAGAAGAUAAUUCUGAUAAACAGUGUACUGGCAAUGACAUCAAAUUGUCCAUUCAAGUUCCUAAGUGGAGUUAUGAGGCAGGAAUGCAAACUUUUUCUGGAAGCCACAGGAGGCAGUACACUAAAGACAAGUACAAUGCAACUGCUCCUGCUUCCCUUAUGGAACGAGCUCCCAAAAAUGAAUUCAGGGCUGAUGUUGGUGGCUCUUUGAAAGACAGAGCUCCAUCCAAAGGCACUUCAAAGUCCAAAGAGAUUCGAGCACAAAGCUUUCUAAAACCAAAAAUCUCUGUGUCUGAUUGUGUAUGUGAUAUAAAGGCCUUAUCAAAAACUGCACUGGAAGAAAAUGAUGUCCACAGGAAAAAUCAGUUCCCAAAAGGUGAUUACAAAUUCUGUGGUUCAGUUGACAAAAUAAAGGAUUGUAAGAAGAGUGACAAACAAGAGACGGCCAGCAGGGUAACAACCUCCGCAGCUCACUCACCAGAUGUUCCUCAUGAGAAACAAGAAGCAUUCACACAGCCAGAAAUCUACGCUGAGCCUGAGAAAAUUCCAUCCAGCCUACUGACUUUAAGGGAGGCUCUGGAAGUCCAUAAACCUCAGUUUAUUUCUCGUUCACAAGAACGGUUGAAAAAACUUGAACACAUGGCACAACUGAGGAAAACCCAGCAGAAUGACACUCCAGAAAAGCAAGAAGAAGCUCUUCUUCCUCGAAAACUUUCCUCAGCAUCCAUUUCUAACAAAAAGAAGCAAUAUACCGUUCCUCACCCUCUCAGUGAUAACCUGUUCAAACCAAAGGAAAGGUUCAUUUCGGAGAAGGAGAUGCACAUGAGAUCUAAAAGGAUUUAUAAUAACUUGCCUGAAGUGAAAAAGAAAGAAGAAGAAAAACAGAAACGAAUAAUCAUACAGAGCAACAGACUACGGGUGGAGGUCUUCAAAAAGCAACUACUGGACCAGCUUCUUCAAAGAAAUACGGAGUGA